GAGAGAGAAUGAAGCCAAGCCCCAUCUGAUUGUAAGCUCCACUCCACACUGCAACUUUAGAGAGAGGAAGGUUCCUAUUUAUAUACAUAAAGAGAGAGGGAGAGAGAGUAAAAACAUGGAAGAAGAAGAGUAGGAAUAUAGAACAAAAGGGUUAAAAGAAAUGGUAUAAACUUGACUGACACCCCAAAAAAAGAAAGUAAAAUAAAAGGUUAAAGACAGCAAAAACAUGAGCUCAAAAGCCAGGUAGGGUGAGAUUAUAGAGGAAGAGAGAGAGAGAGAGAGAGAGAGAGAGAGAGGUUUGUUCAUAAAGCGAGGAAUUUUGCAAAUGUCACAAGAUUCUCAGGAGAUAAAGACGAUUGAGCAGUGGAGAUGGUCCGAAAUGCAAGGCUUGGAGCUCGUGUCCGCUUCUCCUAGUCCUACUUUUGAGCCAUUUAAAGCCAACCCAUCAACGCAAACGGCAAUGGCUUUAGCUAUGGCUUCUUCUCAAACCACAACAGAAGAAGAACCUGCUGGCAGAGAGCCACUCAGACUUGAUGAAGAAGGACAACGACAACCCCAAGUGGGUCUUGACACAGCUUCGAAAACAGAAGAAGCAAUGGAGAACAGCAACAACCAUAACGGUGAGCAGCUUAAUAAAGACUCUAAUGGAGGUGGCGGUAGCAGUAGUAGUGGUAGUGGUGGCAGUAAUGGGGAGAAGCCUGAGCCUUAUCCGGCAGCUGGGUUCGGUGAGCUUUUCCGAUUCGCUGAUAGUUUGGAUUAUGUUCUGAUGAUAAUUGGGUCGCUUGGAGCCAUCGUCCAUGGCUGCUCUUUGCCUCUCUUUCUUCGAUUCUUCGCCGAUCUCGUUAAUUCCUUUGGCUCCAAUGCUAAUGACACGGACAAGAUGAUGCAAGAGGUUCUAAAGUACGCAUUAUAUUUUCUAGUUGUUGGAGCUGCAAUAUGGGCUUCUUCAUGGGCUGAGAUAUCUUGUUGGAUGUGGACUGGAGAAAGACAAUCAACCAGGAUGAGGAUCAAGUACCUUGAAGCUGCUUUGAACCAAGAUGUUCAAUACUUCGAUACGGAGGUUCGAACAUCAGACGUUGUUUUCGCCAUAAACACUGAUGCUGUGAUGGUCCAAGACGCCAUUAGUGAAAAGUUGGGCAAUUUUGUUCACUAUAUGGCCACAUUUGUAUCUGGGUUUGUAGUUGGUUUCACUGCUGUGUGGCAAUUAGCUUUAGUAACUCUUGCAGUUGUUCCUCUCAUAGCUGUCAUUGGAGGUAUCCACACUACUACAUUAGCCAAACUGUCUGGGAAGAGCCAGGCGUCUAUGUCACAAGCUGGAAAUGUCGUUGAACAGACCAUUGUUCAAAUUCGGGUGGUGAUGGCUUUCGUUGGAGAAUCUAGAGCUUUACAAGCUUAUUCUGACGCAUUGAGAAUUGCUCAAAAGCUCGGUUACAAGAGUGGGUUGGCAAAGGGAAUGGGACUUGGGGCAACUUACUUUGUAGUUUUUUGCUGUUAUGCACUUCUACUGUGGUACGGUGGCUAUCUUGUUAGGCAUCACUAUACCAAUGGAGGACUAGCCAUAGCCACCAUGUUUGCUGUCAUGAUCGGUGGACUAGCCUUAGGUCAGUCAGCACCAAGCAUGGGUGCAUUUGCAAAGGCUAAAGUUGCAGCUGCUAAAAUUUUCCGUGUAAUUGAUCACAAGCCUAGUAUUGACCGAAACAGUGACUCAGGAUUGGAACUAGAGUCAGUUACAGGACUAGUGGAACUAAAAAAUGUAGACUUCUCCUACCCUGCAAGGCCCGACAUUCGCAUUUUAAACAAUUUCUGCCUAAAUGUUCCGGCUGGAAAGACCAUUGCUUUGGUUGGCAGCAGCGGCUCUGGCAAGAGCACGGUGGUCUCUCUCAUUGAGAGAUUCUAUGACCCUACCUCAGGGCAAGUUAUGCUUGAUGGGCAUGACAUAAAGACGCUAAAACUCAGGUGCCUGAGACAGCAAAUUGGACUUGUGAGCCAAGAGCCUGCUCUAUUUGCUACAACCAUUAAGGAGAACAUACUGUUGGGUAGACCUGAUGCUGAUCUCGUUGAAAUUGAAGAAGCUGCCAGAGUUGCAAAUGCUCAUUCAUUUAUUAUCAAACUUACCGAUGGCUUCGAUACUCAGGUAGGGGAGAGAGGAGUGCAGCUCUCUGGAGGACAGAAACAGAGGAUAGCUAUAGCAAGGGCCAUGCUAAAAAACCCAGCAAUCCUAUUGUUAGAUGAGGCAACAAGUGCAUUGGAUUCUGAAUCAGAGAAGCUGGUUCAAGAGGCCCUAGACCGGUUCAUGAUUGGGAGGACAACUCUUGUUAUUGCUCAUCGCCUAUCAACCAUUCGCAAGGCUGACCUUGUAGCUGUACUGCACCAGGGGUCUGUUUAUGAAAUUGGAACCCAUGAUGAACUCAUUGCCAAAGGAGAGAAUGGUAUGUAUGCGAAGCUCAUUAGAAUGCAGGAGGCAGCACAUGAAACUGCUCUCAACAAUGCCAGAAAGAGUAGUGCAAGGCCUUCUAGUGCCAGGAACUCAGUAAGCUCACCAAUAAUUGCUCGAAAUUCCUCGUAUGGUCGCUCACCAUAUUCACGCCGGCUGUCUGACUUCUCAACUUCUGAUUUUAGUCUUUCCCUUGAUGCCUCGUAUCCAAAUUACCGUCUCGAAAAGCUUCCUUUCAAGGAGCAAGCUAGUUCUUUCUGGCGUCUUGCGAAAAUGAAUUCUCCAGAAUGGGUUUAUGCUUUAGUUGGUUCAAUUGGUUCUAUUGUGUGCGGAUCGCUUAGUGCCUUCUUUGCAUAUGUUCUGAGUGCUGUUCUCAGUGUCUACUACAAUCCAGACCACGCUUUCAUGAUUAAACAAAUCGGUAAGUACUGUUAUCUGUUGAUUGGACUUUCUUCAGCUGCACUUCUCUUCAACACACUACAACAUUUCUUCUGGGAUAUUGUGGGUGAAAACUUGACAAAACGUGUAAGGGAGAAAAUGCUAGCAGCAGUGCUGAAAAAUGAAAUGGCAUGGUUUGACCAGGAGGAAAAUGAAAGUGGUAGAGUGGCUGCAAGGCUAGCUCUUGAUGCUAACAAUGUCAGAUCAGCUAUUGGAGACAGGAUAUCAGUAAUUGUACAGAACACAGCACUGAUGUUAGUUGCCUGUACAGCCGGAUUUGUUCUGCAGUGGCGUCUUGCUCUUGUCCUCGUAGCCGUCUUCCCUGUGGUUGUUGCUGCCACUGUCUUACAGAAAAUGUUCAUGACUGGUUUCUCUGGAGACCUUGAAGCUGCCCAUUCCAAGGCCACCCAACUAGCUGGGGAGGCCAUAGCCAAUGUAAGAACUGUAGCUGCUUUCAAUUCAGAGGGAAAAAUCGUUAAUCUAUUCACUACCAACCUCGAGGCUCCACUACGACGCUGCUUCUGGAAGGGUCAGAUUGCUGGAAGUGGAUUUGGGAUAGCUCAGUUUGCACUUUAUGCUUCUUAUGCCCUUGGUCUUUGGUAUGCUUCUUGGCUUGUUAAACAUGGGAUCUCUGAUUUCUCAAAAACUAUCAGAGUUUUCAUGGUCCUUAUGGUAUCUGCCAAUGGAGCAGCUGAAACAUUAACCUUAGCUCCUGACUUUAUCAAAGGUGGUCGAGCCAUGCGCUCAGUAUUUGAACUUCUUGACCGUAAAACUGAAAUCGAACCUGAUGAUCCAGAUGCCACACCAGCUCCCGAUCGGCUGCGUGGUGAAGUUGAAUUAAAGCAUGUAGACUUCUCUUACCCUUCUCGCCCUGAUAUUGCUAUCUUCCGUGACCUAAGUCUUCGUGCUCGAGCAGGCAAAACUCUUGCACUUGUUGGUCCUAGUGGAUGUGGAAAGAGCUCGGUUAUUGCAUUGGUACAGCGGUUCUACGACCCAACAUCAGGCCGGGUCAUGAUUGAUGGGAAAGACAUUAGAAAAUACAAUCUCAAGUCCCUCAGAAGGCACAUAGCUGUAGUGCCUCAGGAGCCAUGUCUUUUUGCUACAACUAUAUAUGAGAACAUUGCUUAUGGUCAUGAGUCAGCAACUGAGGCUGAAAUCAUAGAAGCUGCUACUAUGGCCAAUGCUCACAAGUUUGUAUCUUCAUUGCCUGAUGGAUACAAAACAUUUGUUGGGGAAAGAGGAGUACAGUUAUCCGGGGGUCAAAAACAAAGAAUUGCAAUUGCUCGGGCUUUAUUGAGGAAGGCAGAGCUUAUGCUGCUUGACGAGGCAACUAGUGCACUUGAUGCUGAGUCCGAAAGAUCUGUUCAAGAGGCUCUAGAGCGCGCCUGCUCAGGAAGAACUACAAUUGUGGUAGCACACAGGCUUUCCACUAUCCGAAACGCCAAUGUCAUUGCAGUAAUCGACGAUGGGAAAGUUGCGGAGCAAGGAUCUCACUCCCAUUUGUUAAAGAAUUACCCUGAUGGGUGCUAUGCCAGAAUGAUCCAGUUACAAAGGUUCACACACAGUCAGGUUAUUGGUAUGGCCUCAGCAGGCUCAACUUCUUCAGCAAGACCCAAAGAAGAUGAGGAAAGAGAAGCAAAGUAAGGUGAAAAGAAAAAAAAAACUACCACUAGAAAAGGGAGUAUAUCCACAUACACCUUGUGAUUUUUUGGGCUUUUGUUUUUGUUUCUCCUCCUUUAUUUGGUAUAGUAUGUCUAUUGUCCCUUUUCCCACCUCUUACCCGUAUAUGUUUUAUCUUUGUGGAUGUCUCAAAGACAAUGAUAACAAGCAAUACUUAAUAUUGGAAUAGAUUAUAACAUAGAGUUAAUAACAGUUA